CGUUACGUAAACUUCUUUGGUUACGCUACGUAUUUUCCAGAGAUCAGGAAGUGUGAUGUGGCUUUGACUCCCAGCAAAAAUGUCAGCCAUUUUCAACUUCCAGUCGCUGCUAACAGUGAUUCUCCUCCUCAUCUGUACCUGUGCCUACAUCAGAGCGAUGGCUCCCAGCUUGCUAGACAAGAACAAGACCGGGCUUCUAGGAAUUUUCUGGAAGUGUGCCAGAAUAGGUGAGCGGAAGAGCCCCUGGGUGGCCUGUUGCUGUGUCAUCAUGGCUUUUAGUAUACUGUUUCUACAGUAGCAGUCCAAAGAAAACCACAAAUGGAAACAUUGGGGAGAUGAACAGACAGACAGACAGAAGACAUGGACAAUACGAUCCUAGAAGCACAACAGGACCUCCAGUGGUUGUCACUUAGAUAAUGUAAAAACGGAGACCCGUCACCACUCACCGUAGCCACGCAGAGAGAAAAUAUGUCUGUGUAGGAGGAAGGGUGAGCUGAUAGCCCCAGAGUGUGUCUUGAUCCCUCCAGACUUCCAGGUCUGUCCUUGUGUUUGCUUAUGUGGAACAUUUUCUCUGGAUGUGCGCACGCGCUCGUGUGUGUGUGUGUGUGUGUGUGUGUGUGUGUGUGUGUUGGGGCGGCAGUGCUUUCUCUUACCUGCCAUUUAGCGUAAAGGAAAAAAAAAACAAUGUGCGACCAAAUGAUGCAUUGUUUGUCCUAACAUUUCAAACAGAUUUUUUUUUUUUGCUUCGGGUUUGACACAAUUGCAUCAACCUGUUUGAAAUUAACCGCAAUACUCUCCCUACAUAAAUGUUCAUAACUGUUAAGCGAUUCACAAGGAAACUUUUGUUUGUUGUAUCUAAACAUGGAGAUCAUAUUCCACAACAAACAAAAUGAUAUUAUUGCUCUCCAGAUGUCAAAUUGUCCUACAUAUUUGUCACAGAGAGCUACUGAUGUUUUUAAAGUCAGUCAGUUUGUCGCUAUUUAUUAAAGAACCUUUUUGGAAAUCUGGUUUGAGAAGGCUGAUUUUUUUUUUUUUGGUGAUUUAAAUUCAACCACUUUGAUGCGUGUUUGCUGUUGACAUCUGCUUAUGUCUUGUAACAAUGCCACACUGUAAGGUGAGGUAUCAUUUAAUGACUGCAAACAUGUGAAAAUAUACAUGUUGAUGUCAACCUGUAAAUCUUUUGUCAAUCUUCUCUCUGUAAGAACUCAGAUUACACAUACUGUACAUGUCAGAAUGAAGCAGCUGAAUAGUUAGUUUAUUGAGUAGUUUUUGUGUUGGGAACUAUGACUUAGAAUUGCUGCAUUAGAGCAGUGAUGUGAAGUGCAUCUGAAGUCUAGCGCUCGGGAUUCUGCUCGGAGUGAGAUGGACAGUGAAGAGUUUGCGAUAACCUCUUCUGUAACCUUGCAGUCAACACUCAUCUCCACAGGGUUUACUGCAAAGAGUUGUCAUCUGAUUGUACCACACAACAUGACAUUGCCAGAUAUCUGUCUAGUAUUUGCUUCCAGAUAUUGGGCACUGAGCUGAAUUAGAAUAGAAAGCAGAGUUUCAUCAAGAAAACCUUAAAAGUACAGCCUUGAUCCAGAAUGUUUUUGGAAAAGCUACGACAAUGUGUAACUGCUCAUUUAGAUGACAAAUCCUCUUAAUUUCAUCUUUGAAGUGCAGACAGCUUUGGCCGCACAAAAGCAUAACAUAAUAUCACAAUAUUAUUCCAGAUACUGUGUGUGACAAGCUUAAAUUAUAUGAUUCCUAUAAAAGAGUUGUGGCAAGUUAUUGCUUCAGAACAUGGCGCCUGACUUAAUUUAUACUGUCAGCCCUAAAAUGUGACCUAUUUAUCAAACCCUCAAAUUGUUUUUAAUCGCAUCAUGGCUUUUUUCAUGAAAAUUUAAAAGAAAGGGAUAAAUCAAAAUCAUUGAGGUAAACACUAAGUUUAGUGAAUAAAACCAAUCCCACACACAUUUCUUCUCUCCUGUGUGGCACAGAGGAUUAAAAUAAAGGAGGAGACUUGUUGACACACUCACCUUUGAUAGUCUGAUCACUGAUGAGUGUCUGGAUCCCAACACCCCCACAAACAGUCCCUUGUUAGGGAACAUGGAUACCCAUAUUGGUGCGCAUCCGUUUUGGCACUUCCCAGUUGAGAUAAAGCAUCAAGUGAAGCCUGCCGGUAAAGUCGUGAUUAUCAGCCGGUGACGCAGAUACAGGAGCCACAGAGGAGCAGGAAGCUCUCAGUCAUCUGCUUCUAUCUUGGGGAGCAGAGAUACGGGUGGGCUGGAGAGACAUCACUGGGUCAAUGAGCCAAGCUAAUGUCUUAGGUGAUGAUGAAAGGAAAAUGAUAUGGAAGACCUGAAGUCACUUAACUCUACUAUCAAAGGUCCCAUUACAUGCAGAGAGACUGAUUGUUACGCAGGAUACACAGAAUAUUGUGACAGUAAACAAACGGUUGCAGCCUGCCUUCGGGGGCAUUUAGGGAUAAAAAUCAAACGUAAAAGUAUUUGUUUUUCACUUUUUGGGUCAAAGUGAUUACUGUUAAACUCCUCUAAAUGGUGGGCACAGUUUCUAAACAAUAACAGUGAAGAAUAUCUGGCAGCAACUCAGUGACUGGAUGCCUAAAACAACAUUUGGACAGUUCCUGCUGUUUCUAAAGGGGCUUAAUGCAUGUCCUGAUUUGUGUGUUUGAGUUGGCUAAUCAAAAUUUACUCAAGUGGAUGCCAUAUGGCUAAGGGCACAAGAAAAUAGACCUUUUUUUUUCCUCAUCAGUGUGUCAGAAUUCGUUUUUACAUGUCAUCUGUUGAGCAUCACUCCUGCAACCCCAGGGGCAAGGCUGCCUACAAAACCGCCUGAAAUCCACAGGCUGUUGGUUUGUCUUCAUGGAGAAGUAAAGUAAUAAAAAGGAAAGUAUUUGACACUUGAUGUUACUGCAGCCAACACCGUCCUUAAAGAGGGCUACGAUCGCCCAAACAAUUGAACUGCAAUGCAUUGCUUCAUCACGUCAAGUACUGAUUUCCCCCAGCAAUUGAUAUAUUAGCACGUACAGACCCCAUAGGUUUUGAAAUGUUCUUUUUAAAUGAAAAACCAGGGCAAAUUAAUUCAAAGUGUGAUGUAUACUUGGAUGUCAAGUAUGUCUUUAUUCUUGCUAUUGUUUAAUUUGUGAAUAUUUUGUGUUCUACAAUUAAAACAGGACACUUUUUGAUAUUC